AUGCCAAAAAAAAUUUUGAAUGAUAUAUCUAUAAUUUUAAUCUUGAAAUUUCAAAAGAUUUAUGAUGAUCCACGCUUCAAACGUUGGGCAAGCCAAUUGAGAUUUGGCAAACGAAUUACGUGGGCCAGUAAAGUGCGUUAUGGAUGA